CCUCCUACCCCUACACCCUGCUUCCAUCAUGACGGUGAUGUCGGGGGAGAAUGCGGACGAGGCUUCGGCCGCUCCAGGUCACCCCCAGGAUGGCAGCUACCCAAGGCAGGCGGACCACGACGACCACGAAUGCUGCGAACGCGUAGUGAUCAACAUUUCCGGGCUGCGCUUCGAGACGCAGCUCAAGACUCUGGCACAGUUCCCCAACACGCUGCUGGGCAACCCGAAGAAACGCAUGCGCUACUUUGACCCCCUAAGGAAUGAGUACUUCUUUGACCGCAACCGGCCCAGCUUCGAUGCCAUCCUUUAUUACUACCAGUCCGGGGGCCGCCUUCGCAGGCCGGUCAACGUGCCCCUGGAUAUGUUCUCCGAGGAGAUUAAAUUUUACGAGUUGGGCGAGGAGGCCAUGGAGAAGUUCAGGGAAGAUGAAGGUUUCAUCAAGGAAGAGGAGCGCCCCCUACCAGAGAAGGAGUACCAGCGCCAGGUGUGGCUGCUCUUUGAGUAUCCAGAGAGCUCAGGACCUGCCCGGGUUAUCGCCAUCGUGUCCGUCAUGGUCAUCCUCAUCUCCAUAGUCAUCUUUUGCCUGGAGACUCUCCCUGAGCUGAAGGAUGACAAGGACUUCACGGGCACCAUCCACCGCAUCGACAACACCACAGUCAUCUAUACGUCCAACAUCUUCACAGACCCUUUCUUCAUUGUGGAAACGUUGUGUAUCAUCUGGUUCUCUUUUGAGCUGGUGGUGCGCUUCUUCGCCUGCCCCAGCAAGACAGACUUCUUUAAAAACAUCAUGAACUUCAUCGACAUUGUGGCCAUCAUUCCUUAUUUCAUUACCCUGGGCACGGAGAUAGCUGAGCAGGAGGGGAAUCAGAAGGGCGAGCAGGCCACUUCCCUGGCCAUCCUCAGGGUCAUCCGCUUGGUAAGGGUGUUCAGAAUCUUCAAACUCUCCCGCCACUCCAAGGGCCUUCAGAUCCUGGGCCAGACCCUCAAAGCUAGUAUGAGGGAGCUAGGGCUGCUCAUCUUUUUCCUCUUCAUUGGGGUCAUACUGUUUUCUAGCGCAGUGUACUUUGCGGAGGCGGAAGAAGCUGAGUCGCACUUCUCCAGUAUCCCCGAUGCUUUCUGGUGGGCGGUGGUGUCCAUGACCACUGUGGGAUACGGUGACAUGUACCCUGUGACAAUUGGAGGCAAGAUCGUGGGCUCCUUGUGUGCCAUCGCUGGUGUGCUGACAAUUGCCCUGCCCGUACCUGUCAUUGUGUCCAAUUUCAACUAUUUCUACCACCGAGAAACUGAGGGGGAAGAGCAGGCUCAGUUACUCCACGUUAGUUCUCCUAACUUAGCCUCUGACAGUGACCUCAGCCGCCGCAGCUCCUCUAUCAUCAGCAAGUCUGAGUACAUGGAGAUCGAGGAGGACAUGAAUAACAGCAUAGCCCACUACAGACAGGCUAAUAUCAGAACUGGUAACUGCACCGCAGCGGAUCAGAACUGCGUUAAUAAGAGCAAGCUCCUGACCGAUGUUUAAAAAGCAACAGGCAAGCAAACAAAAGCCCCAAACAAAACCCUUGGAGACUCCUGUCCCACUCUGUAGAUACCUUACUAAGCAGUAGUCUUUGAAUGCUUUCUUUAACUGGCAAUGCAUUGUUGCAUUGUGAAUUGGGGGGAGGGUGACAAACCUGAAGCUUUCAAGAUCCAUUAAAAAAAAAACAACAAAGCCAAACAAACAAGCAAAAAACAAC